AUGAGGCUGCCAGAGCUGGCCCGCGCGGCACCGACGCGGGGAGCGCGCUUCGCGCUGACUCAGCGGCGACGACGACGGCGGCGGCGGCAUUAGGCGGCUCUCGCUCGCGCCUCUCUCCCUUCCUGGGGGCCCCGACCCCGCCCGCCUGCUGGGUGAGCCUGCCCGCUCCGCCGCGCCACGCAGGAGGAGGCACCAGGGGACGCGGAGCGGCGCGCGGCCCUGGCCCGCUCGGUCUCCGGCGUGAGCGUUGCCGGCCGUGGCGGAGGACUACGGCGACGGGGACGACGGCCGCGCUCCCCGCUCCGCUCUGCUGACGGGCCCUGGGGAGCGCAGGCGGGGAGCGGCGAUGGAGUGAUAGGGAAGAUGUUUAUGGAUUCUUCUGUGGGAUCAGAGGGCAAGUCUGCUAUAAUCAGAAAACUUCAAGAAUAACAGCAGGGAUGGAUGAACAGGCUCUUUUAGGGCUAAAUCCAAAUGCUGAUUCAAACUUUAGACAAAGGGCCCUGGCCUAUUUUGAGCAGUUAAAGAUUUCCCCAGAUGCCUGGCAGGUGUGUGCAGAAGCCUUAGCUCAGAGGACAUAUAGUGAUGAUCACAUAAAAUUCUUCUGCUUUCAAGUAUUAGAACAUCAAGUUAAAUACAAAUAUUCAGAACUAACUACUGCUCAGCAACAGCUAAUUAGAGAGACACUCAUAUCUUGGCUCCAAGCUCAGAUGCUGAAUCACCAACCAGAGAAGACCUUUAUACGAAAUAAAGCAGCCCAAGUCUUCGCCUUGCUUUUUGUUACAGAAUAUCUCACUAAAUGGCCCAAGUUUUUUUUUGACAUUCUCUCAGUAGUGGACCUAAAUCCAAGGGGAGUAGAUCUGUACCUCCGAAUCCUCAUGGCUAUUGAUUCAGAGUUGGUGGAUCGUGACGUGGUUCAUACAUCAGAGGAGGCUCGUAGGAAUACUCUAAUAAAAGAUACCAUGAGGGAACAGUGCAUUCCAAAUCUGGUGGAAUCAUGGUACCAAAUUUUACAAAAUUAUCAGUAUACUAAUUCAGAAGUGACAUGUCAGUGCCUUGAAGUAGUUGGGGCUUAUGUCUCUUGGAUAGACUUAUCCCUUAUAGCCAAUGAUAGGUUUAUAAAUAUGCUGCUAGGUCACAUGUCAAUAGAAGUUCUACGGGAAGAAGCUUGUGACUGUUUAUUUGAAAUUGUAAAUAAAGGAAUGGACCCUGUUGAUAAAAUGAAACUAGUAGAAUCCUUGUGUCAAGUAUUGCAGACUGCUGGGUUUUUCAGCAUUGACCAGGAAGAAGAUGUAGACUUCCUGGCUAGAUUUUCUAAGCUGGUAAAUGGAAUGGGACAGUCAUUGAUAGUUAGCUGGACUAAACUAAUUAAGAAUGGAGAUAUAAAAAAUGCUCAAGAGGCACUACAAGCAAUUGAAACAAAAGUGGCGCUCAUGUUACAGCUAUUAAUUCAUGAGGAUGAUGACAUUUCCUCUAACAUUAUUGGAUUUUGUUAUGAUUAUCUUCAUAUUUUGAAACAGCUUACAGUGCUUUCGGAUCAGCAAAAAACUAAUGUAGAGGCAAUCAUGUUGGCCGUUAUGAAAAAAUUGACUUAUGAUGAAGAAUAUAACUUUGAAAAUGAGGGUGAAGAUGAAGCCAUGUUCGUAGAAUAUAGAAAACAACUGAAGUUAUUGUUGGACAGACUUGCUCAAGUGUCACCAGAGUUACUGUUGGCUUCUGUGCGCAGAGUUUUUAGUUCUACACUGCAGAACUGGCAGACUACACGGUUUAUGGAAGUUGAAGUAGCAAUAAGAUUGCUGUAUAUGUUGGCAGAAGCUCUUCCAGUAUCUCAUGGUGCUCACUUCUCAGGUGAUGUUUCAAAAGCUAGUGCUUUGCAGGAUAUGAUGCGAACUUUGGUAACAUCAGGUGUCAGUUCCUAUCAGCAUACAUCUGUGACAUUGGAGUUCUUUGAAACAGUGGUUAGAUAUGAAAAGUUUUUCACAGUUGAACCUCAACACAUUCCAUAUGUGCUAAUGGCUUUCUUAGAUCACAGGGGCCUGCGACAUUCUAGUGCUAAAGUACGAAGCAGAACUGCUUACCUGUUUUCUAGAUUUGUCAAAUCUCUCAAUAAACAAAUGAAUCCUUUCAUUGAAGAUAUUUUGAAUAGAAUACAAGAUUUAUUAGCCCUUUCUCCACCUGAAAAUGGCUACCAGUCCUUGCUGAGCAGUGAUGAUCAGCUGUUCAUUUAUGAGACAGCUGGAGUGCUGAUUGUUAAUAGUGAAUACCCUGCGGAAAGGAAGCAAGCAUUAAUGAGGAAUCUGUUGACUCCACUAAUGGAGAAGUUUAAAAUUCUGUUAGAGAAAUUGAUGAUGGCACAAGAUGAAGAAAGGCAGGCAUCUCUAGCCGACUGCCUCAACCAUGCUGUUGGAUUUGCCAGUCGAACCAGCAAAGCAUUCAGCAACAAGCAGACUGUGAAGCAAUGUGGCUGUUCGGAAGUUUAUCUGGACUGUUUACAGACAUUCUUGCCAGCCCUCAGUUGUCCCUUACAAAAGGACAUUCUCAGAAGUGGAGUUCGAACUUUCCUUCAUCGAAUGAUUAUUUGCCUAGAAGAAGAAGUUCUUCCAUUUAUCCCAUCUGCCUCAGAACACAUGCUCAAAGAUUGUGAAGCAAAAGACCUCCAGGAAUUCAUUCCUCUUAUCAACCAAAUUACGGCCAAAUUUAAGAUACAGGUAUCCCCAUUUUUACAACAGAUGUUUAUGCCUCUACUUCAUGCAAUUUUUGAAGUGCUACGCCGACCAGCAGAAGAGAAUGACCAGUCAGCAGCUUUAGAGAAGCAAAUGUUGCGGAGGAGUUACUUUGCCUUCCUGCAAACAGUCACUGGCAGUGGAAUGAGUGAGGUUAUAGCAAAUCAAGGCGCAGAAAAUGUAGAACAAGUGCUGUUUACCAUUAUUCAAGGAGCAGUUGACUAUCCGGAUCCAAUUGCACAGAAAACAUGUUUUAUCAUUCUCUCAAAGCUGGUGGAACUCUGGGGAGGUAAAGAUGGACCAGUGGGAUUUGCAGAUUUUGUUUAUAAGCACAUUGUCCCUGCUUGUUUCCUGGCACCUUUGAAACAAACUUUUGACCUGGCAGAUGCACAAACAGUACUGGCUCUAUCUGAGUGUGCUGUGACACUGAAAACAAUUCAUCUCAAACGGGGUCCAGAAUGUGUUCAGUAUCUUCAACAAGAGUAUCUGCCUUCCUUGCAAGUAGCUCCAGAAAUAAUUCAGGAGUUUUGUCAAGCACUUCAGCAGCCUGAUGCUAAAGUUUUUAAAAAUUACUUAAAGGUGUUCUUCCAGAGAGCAAAACCCUAAAGACUGGAUGUUCCCGUGCCUAAUUCAUGAUCAGGAAUUCCAGUUAAUUAUAAAGAAGUUGUUUUUAUGUGCCAUUCACACUGGUCUUUUUUUUUUAAUUGUUCUGAGCUUAUUGUAGUGUAUGUAUUGAGAUUUUUAUGUAAAAAGGGUGUAAUUUUCCCUCAAUACAGGUAUGUGACAACAAAAGUUGCUUGCAUGCCAGCUCAAAUUGUUUUACAUAAAAAUGCUGUUAAGACACAGCAGAGUUAUCUUAUCCUAGUACCUUAGUUGUUGUUUCUUUCUUUAUUUGAAACUGACGUCCUUUAUAAAGAACAUAGCAAUGGACAACAGUGUGCUUUUUUAGGGGAAAAAAUUGCUGAGCAUAAAGUUUGAAUAAAUUUAGUUUUCUUUUAUAUGUGCAAACACAUAAAAUAUGGGAUGAAUGCAACAAUCACAACUAGAUAGCCAUUACAUUUCUUUAAACUUUCAAUGCCAAUGUGUAUUCUACAAGAGAAUGGGUUCAUUAAGUUAGCCGAUCUAAAAGUAGAUUGAGGGUAUUAAUACAUUUUUUAUAAAAAAAAUAAAUUUUAUGUAGUGAAAUCUACAAAGUCUUUUCUGGAAUUAUUAUAAAGAUUCUAGCCUUAUUUUCUCAUCUUAUCACUCUGAUUUCCAAUUUAAAGGUUUCCAAAUUAGAUAUGGAUGCCUUGUUUCAUUUAAUAUGCUCCUAAAAGAUUAUCUGUUAGAUAAAUCUUCUUUAAAAUGCAUUAGAAUGUGUUUACAGAAGUAAAAAUAACCAUGAUUUUCCUCUGUCAUUGGAUGUACUUAGGAGCACAAUGUACCUAUGUGUUUAUGAUAAUUGUAAAUAAUCAGCCACUACUUACUAUAAAGAACUUCCCCUGCUUUUCUCCAUGUUUAUCCAUAGCUACAUAAGAGAGCAAGAGGAAAAAAUAGUAUCAGUUAGUAGCAUUGGAGGAGAGACAUAAUGACAAAACUGAGCAGCAGAGUAUCUACAAACACAAGUUUAAAAAAUGUUAAAGCCCAAUGAAGUCUUUAAUGGGAUUUGGGUUGUGACUUGGUAGGCUCUUGAUUUUACUAGUACCCAGUUCAAUCCAUAACACCAUAAAAAGAAAAGGGAAAAAAAGUUUUUAUUAGGGUUUUGUUUUUGUUUUUUUUAACCUUUGGCCAAUGUGUUGCCUAGUGCUUUUCUUGAUAAGCUUUAGUGGCCUGUAAGAUCCCUAGAACUUUAUACUAAAUUGUGUAAAGUAUGAGUCUUUCUGGGUUUUAUUCCAGAAGAGCCUUAUAUAUUUUCCUUACAUCAUGGAAUAAAGGUAUUAAACUAAAUUUAACAGUUAACUAUAAAAAUAAAUCAGUCGAAUGUACUUAAAAUGUUUAUAAGAAUAGAUAAGUGAAAAUUUUGUGUUUCUUUGCUUGGUUCCCCUAUACCAUGGAAAGAUAAGUUUCCUCUGUUGCAAUAGUAGAAAUUACUGGAAGUAUACUCACUCAUAGCAUAGGAUAGUAAAGUUUAUAGAAUAUGGCCUCUCUACCCAGAUUAAGUAGUUGAAACACCAGUUAUGGCAGUAACUGGCUUAGAAUCUUGAGUACAUUAAAAAGCUUCAUCCUGCCUUAGUUUGUCUCUCAUAAGUGGGGGAAAAUAAUGGUAGCUACCUCAUAACUCAUUAAGAAUUCAAUGAGUUAAACAUGAACUUCUUACAGUAGCUAGCACAUUGAGGCUUUGAUACUAGUUUGUAUGCUAUACUAUUCCAUAUGUAGAAAAAUAAAACAUUUUCCCCUAGGUCCUUAAAACCCUUCAGUAAAAUCAUGUGUGGAAAAUCAGGACAUGGAAAUGAGCAUGUAAAUAGAAAUUAAAUUUCAUGUUAUAUAUCAUGUAUAUUUCCAUCUUUGUUCCUUGAUGUUUCCCCAAGCAUCACAAUCAGGAAACUAUCCCAUCAUUAAUUACCUUAUUUCAGAAAGCAAACACCCAAGUAACUUGUCCCAAGGAUGACUUUCACUUGUUACAGAUGGGAUAAGGGAGACAAGACUUUUAGGAAUUUGGGUAACUUGACUAUGGAACCACAGGGUUUUUUGGUACCUGAUUUAAUCCUGUGCCUGACAGUUUUAUUUUUCAGUCUUAAUGCUAAUGUUGUUUCACAAGUGGCUUGACCUUUUUAAAAAGUACUGUGUGGCAUUUUAAUCAUUUAUGUGGUAAGUUCUUGGGCUCAGCCACAUUUUCUCCCACAACUUUGUGCUGGGAAUCUUACUAUUAGGAGAACCUUUUGACAGGCUUUUCUCUUGUUAUUCAGUAACUGAAAUGUUGAAAUUGUAAGCGGUGAAAAGAUUUGUUCAAAUGAUUUCAUCUCAAAAGUUUAAAAUUCUAAUAAAUUAAUUUCCUUUGUAAGAACUC